AUGACACCUCAAAUUGACAUUAAAUCGUUAAGGAACCAGUUGUUAAAUGCUACUAUUAAGCUAAGCAAACUCCAGCUACUACAAGCCUCAAAAUGGUCUGCAGAGGCACUCAAUGGCUUGCAAAGCAUACUGAACGACUUACUACAUACCCAUGAUCCAUCGAUUGCUCAACCUACUGCAGAAGAUAUAACUGACGAAACAGCAAUGUUGCUAGCGCAGUCGUAUUUUGGCUGUAAAGAAUUUGAAAGAGCUGCGCGUGUUUUGGAAGACUGCAAAAUGGGGGACGCAAAGUUUCUCAGACUUUAUUCGUUGAUGAUGUCGAUUGACAAGAGAGGCUAUGAGAACAGCGACGGCUUGAUAAUUGGCGGUAAUUCAAACGGUACAAACAGCACGCAUAUUCCACCAGAAAUGGCUGAUAGUCAUCUGAAGUCAAAUGCAACGGAAUCUAACCAACAGCUAGACUCGAGGCUUACAGAUAUUUUGAUUGAAUCCGAAGAAUUCUUGGCAACAAAGAGCAAUGCGUUCUUGUAUUACCUCAAUGGUUUGGUAUAUAGAAGAAAAAAGUUACUCGACGCUGCUCAACGAAACUUGUACAAAUCGUUAGUUGAAUUUCCCUUUAAUUGGUCAUGCUGGAAGGAGUUGAUUGAGACUUUUCCGUCAUUUGAGGAUGCUCGCACCUUUGUAUUGCGAGCCGCGAAGAGGAGCGAUACAAUCUGUGAAACGAUAAUGUUUCAAUUUUUCGAAAUGGUGAUUCUACAAGAGGCAGAGCCGCGACUGCCACGACUAGGUCAACUAAUUGAAGGGCUCGAAGAAGUAUUUCCCAAAUUUACAUUCAUCAAAGAGGUUCGUUUUUUGACCUUGUACAAAAACUUGCAAUACUAUGAGGCCGAGGCGGUUUUUGAUGAUAUUUUGAUUGAAGAUCCUUCAAGGUUAGAUGGGCUUGACAAUUAUUCCAACAUGUUGUAUGUUAUGGAGAAGAAAUCUAAAUUAUCUUUUUUGGCGCACUACGCUUCCGAGUUGGAUAAAUUUAGGCCCGAGACUUGUUGUGUUUUGGCCAACUACUAUUCGAUAAAUGGCGAGCACGAAAAGGCCAUUAUGUAUUAUAGACGUGCAUUGAUUCUAGAUAAGACGUGUCUUAGUGCAUGGACGUUGAUGGGCCAUGAGUUUGUUGAGCUAAAGAAUUCACACGCUGCUAUCGAGUCAUACCGCCGAGCAGUCGAUAUCAACCCAAAGGAUUACCGAGCCUGGUACGGCUUGGGCCAAGCAUACGAGGUGUCGGAUAUGCAUUUGUAUGCCCUUUACUACUAUAGAAAAGCCACUAAUCUCCAACCACUAGACCAACGAAUGUGGCAAGCUAUGGGUAAUUGCUACGAAAAAAUAAAUCAGUUGGAGAAUGCGUUCAAGUCUUUUUACAAAGCUUUGGGGCUAGGCAGAUUGUCCGCGAUGGAUGCAGACAAUAAUAGUGCAACAGGACAGGGGUCUAAUGAAGGAUUGACUUUGGGUGAUGUCAGGCAAGAGUCCAUCGAGCCUCAUAUACCAUAUCGUCUUGCAAUUAUACUGGAGAAAUUAGGCGAUCAAGAGGCUACUGAAAAGUAUAUGGAGUUCUGCAGCUCACAGGAUAAGCAUUGGUUUACUGCUGAAGAGUGUCCCAAAGCCAAGAUCUGGUUGGCAAAAAACGCUUUAAAAAGAGGAGAUCCUCAAAGGGCAUACGAUUUGGCUAAGGAUUUAAACUACACCAGCUCUCAGGAUAUGGAAGAAGCCAGAGCUAUUGCCAGAGAUGCUCGCAACAGAAUGACACGAUAA